AUAAGUCUUGUCAAAAUCAUCGCAAUCAAAGAGUGAAAUGAAAAUGGAACACAAUCGCACUUCACGAUUAUACAAUACACGCAUGUGUGGGCACACAAUGUUUGCUAUAGGUACCUAGGGUACCUACCUACCUACUACCUAACCUACAAUACCAAAACGUCAGUCAGUUUAGCUUGUUUUUGUAAACAAGCGAAUGAAUAAAUUAAUGAAUCAAAGUUCAAAAGCAGUGUUUCUACAUUGUUGAUCUUUGACUUUAAUGGUAACAAGUAAAAAUAAUAGGUAACAAGAAUAAAAUAAAGGAUAACAAGAAGAAGACAAUUCGUUUUCUGAUAUUGAGUGAAAUAUAUGUGAUUUUACAAUCGCAAUGGAUGUUAUUAUAAAAGUUAAUAACCAAUCAAACGGAAGGGACAAAUUGGCAAGAUUAAUUCAAUACACAAGUCGUCUUGUAUGGCAUCAAUUAGAAACAAGAAAUGCAAACAAGUAUUCUGUUGAUAGAAUCAAAAAUUUAGAGAGUAAUCUUGGGUCAUUCAGAAAAAUAUUGCGGUUGGGAAGGUGUAUAGACAUCUGCUAUACAGCUCUAGAUAGCAUGAAUAUUGAAGACCCUAUUUUAAGACUUACAUUGACAACAAGUAAACUGGCUCACGCAUUAUACUUAUAUGCAGACCACAUUGUUUGGUUAACAAGAAGUGGAUUCUUAAAAACCGAUUCUGAUAGUUGGAACCGAACCGCUAAUAAAUUCUGGUUGCUCUCCAUUAUUGCCAACUUAACAAGAGACUUUUAUGAAAUUUUACAGAUAUUAGAACUUAACAAAUCAACAUUUUUAAAGCCAUCAGAAUUACUAAAUGUAUCUGCUAGGCAUUUUGACAUGUCAUCAAGUGUGAAACAUAUUUAUGCAUUGGUAAAUUGCCACAAAGAUGUUUUUAUUGAUACUGUGAAAAACUCUUGUGACCUGUUUAUUCCGUUGACUGCAUUAGGGUUUAUGAAGUUGAGUCCAAGUGCAGUUGGUACUCUCGGUGCAUUGUCUUCCAUUGCUGCUCUUGUAACUCUUGUCAAACCGAUAACUAAAAUAGUACCUUCUUAAAACAAGAAAACGCAAAUACUGUCAGGACACAACAUGAAAGUAUUGAAUUUUUCUCUGGCUGAGUAGAUGCAUGUGUUGCAUUUCCAUACAGAAAAGUGCACUCUUUAUGAAGAAUCAUGAGUGUGAUGUGUGGGGCUCAGCUCAUAGCUUUCUUUGCAACAGACAUAUGUAGUCUUAAUUUUUCUGAUUUAUUUUUGGUCUAGUUUUACUUGGUGAAGGAUAAAAUGGCAAAGUUUUUUACUGUUCAUACAUACAUAUCUAGUACAGAUUUAAGUACAUUAUUUUGUUGGUUAUUGUUAUUUUAAUCGGUGGCUUUUGUUUAUUGUUGUUAUUUUUGUAAUAAUUUUAAUUAAGUACUUUAUAAUUAUACAAAGAACCAAUCAAUGUAGAAUGUUGCGAAUUUUUUGAAAAUUUAUUUAGCUUUUUGGCGCCUACUCUACUCCCCGUACACUAAUUUUAAUUUUCGCAAAUACAUACAUAAAUCAAUAAAAAUUUGAGGUGGGUGCUUAUGUGCGGGGGAACAUUAAGUUUUCGCUUUUUUGUUGAUCUAUGCUUAUGCUGAAAGACUAAUUUUUACAUCAAAUGACGAUGCUCUCCAAAGUAUGAAUAAAAUUAAUGUCAUAAUUUUCAAUAUUGUCUACAUACAGAAGUGUAAUUUUGCAUUUCAGUGGCUUUGUGUGUAAAAAAUAUUGAAUUUUUCAAAUGUUUUUUGAUUGCUUGAAUGGAAAAAAGAAUAAAAAUCUUACAUAGAAUAACUUAAUAUAAUAUUACAACAAUAUUUCAUAAUUUAUAUUAUAAUUAUUGUAAUAUUAUAUUUAUUAUAAAUUAAAUAAUUCUGAAAUAUUCUUUCAUUUCUGAUCAUAAUGUGUUCUUUCAGCAUUAUCCAUUUGAAUUGCUUAUUACCAGUACAUUUACGUACACAGUCACAAGCACAAUGAUCAAUGAUGCAUGACUGUUUUUUUACAAUUAUUAUCGCGUAAAAAUGUUUAUUUUAUUAUAAAUUGCAUGAUAAAUAAGACUAAUAAUUUCAUAGAA